AGAGUGGGAGUGAAAGAGCACCAGACAGCAGGGUGAAGAGAGAGAGCGAGCGAGAGAGGGGCUGAGUGCAUGUGUGGUCAGAGAGAGAGGGAGAGAGAGGACAGAAGGGCAGUUAGAGAGCUUGAGGGAGACGAUAGAGUGAGACCGAUAGAGUGCUAGAUAAUGGAGGUGCAGUCGGAGUGUGUGGAGCCGCCUGUGGCCCCUCAGUGUGACCCCCAGCCCACGGGGAAGAUCAACAAAGCUGCCUUCAAACUCUUUGGGAAGCGUCGCACGGGCUCUGGAAUGGCCAGCUUCUUCUCCUUCAGGAACAAAGGGGCAACAAACAGCAACGGGAAUUCUGACAAUGGGAACUCUUUGAAUGGACACAGCUCGGCAGCAUCGGUGGAGCUUGUUAGGAGCAAAACCCACGAUGGUCUAACGAGUUCGAACAGCGACAGCGAUGGACAGAGAGGGGAGGGGCAGCCUAGCCUGGAGGCAGGACCGGUGAGAUCUUUGAGCAAAUCGUUGAGUUUCUUCUCUCUACUCCGACGUGGGAGUUUUCGAUCAAGUGAGAAUGGAGGGGCGGGGCUUGUCCGUAGAGGGAGGGGCUUGAAAGGCUUUUUCAGCAGCAUGCGAUGGAGACGCAAGGAAAAAACAAAUGAGGGAGAGGGUGAGGAAGCAGAUGGAAAGAAAGAGAAGGAUGUGGAAUCUGAGAAGGUAAAGGACAUCACGCUCACCCUUGAACCCCCUCCGCAUCAUCACCAAGAGGAUUGUGGGAAUGCAGAGGCAGAGCCUACCCUAGAGACUCCUACUACGAGCGUUACCAUGACUCCCACACACUGUGUUGCCAUGUCAGGGACAUCUGGUGAGCCAGACUCCCCUCUUCCUUACACACCCACUGACUCUCCUCUCCGCCCCCAAAUCCAAAAAGCCAAAGCAUCGAUUUCCAGCCUCACCCCAUCUCUAGCUACACCCCCUUUGGAUCGCUGCAGCACGGGUGACCCACCCUCAGAACCCUCUGUUGAACGACUCUGCUCGCUUCUUUUCACAGAUGUCACUUCCCUGAAAAGCUUUGAUUCACUUACAGGGUGUGGGGACAUUAUUGCCGAUGCAGACGAGGAGGGGCCAACGGGGAAUGGAGGAAGUGGCACCAGCAGUAGUAGUAGUGGUGGAGGAGGGGGGAGUGUGAGUGCAAGUGUUGGGAGAGCUGUUGGUAUCACCGGUAUGACAUCUCGGGGUUCCCCUACCAAAAGCCCUCUACCUUCACAACUGACUCAGCCCAUGUUCUCAGUUUGCCCAAGCUCAGUGCCUUCCUCCCUCCCAGCCCGGGCCCGUGCACCACCUCCACCACCACAACAACACACAGCAGGGAGUGGUGUGGUAGCUUACAUGGGUGGAGGUGAAGAAAUGGCAAGUCCAGAAGGAGUUGAUGAUGCAGACAUGCAGGGGCUCUGGCACAUGCUGCCUUCAACAGGUGAUAACUCCCCUGCUCUGCCCCGGUCGCACCAACCUCCAGCUUCAACCCCGACUUCCACUUACCCCCCUCGUGCCACCUCCAACCUAGCCAGCAGCCACCUGCCCUCUGCCUCCAGGAGCGUGGACCGAAAGCUACCCCAGGUGAAGACACUAGGGCUCAGUAAGAUUCCAGUUGUAGGUGGAGCAGGUAACAGGGCAGCUAAACCCCCGAUCUCUCACGCGCAUGGCCGCCAUCCCACAUCUCCUGGAGAGAAAGAGCCUCUUAGUGAUGAGGGCUACUGGGACACACCCUCAGCAACUCCAACAGCAACACCCGAUGAGAGCGGGGUGCAGCGGAACCAGAAGAUGGCAUUAUCACGUGACAGUUGCUCUGGAGACCACUUGUAUGACCUCUAUAAUGAUCCUGAAGAGGAGGGGGAGGAUGAAGAGCAAGAAAGAGAUGAAAGUCUUAACAGUACUCCGUCUCCGUCGACUGAAUACAAACUGAGCCCCACCAACCAAACAACUCCUCCAUCCUCCUCCUCUACUUCCUCCUUCAGGUCAAUGAAAGGGAGCACCAGCCUUCCACGAGAAUCCAAGAUCCCAGUGAGCUCAAGACAGACACCGCCUCCCCAUUCAACAAGCCAGUCUGCCCUCUCCUCAGUUCUAGAGGCCGAAUCCCCUCCACCAAAGACAGAACUACCACAACCGGCCCGCACCAGAAUCCCCGUUUCCAAGGUUCCAGUGCGUCGAUCUGGAGGCAAACCUGGAGGCCAAAAUAGGGGACCUGCCCACAAGAAGUAGUUCCUGUCAAACAGGUGGUUAUCUUCUACUAACUUAUGAACUUGAGUCUACAUCCCUACCGUGAUGUUUAUGCAGGGCCAAAAGUUUUCCCAGACCAAGAAAUAUGUGGAGCUGUAGAGUUAACAGCCUUUAAAUUCCUCUCAAAUCUUUAAAGCUCUCAUUCUUCGAGUUUUUUGGCUUGCAACAGGCUAGAAUAGAAUAAGCAGUUUUGUUCACUUGAAAAAGUCACAAGAAGACUCCAAAAAGCUGGGUUAUCACUUCACAGCUCUCACUGGAACUUUGGAAGUUGACUCUCGACAAUCCAUGGACAUUUUUUUGCCUUGUAACUUUCCUGGAAAAUCUCCCCCUGACCUGCUGAGAGUUUGACAGAUCACAUCUGCACACUGCAAAAAAGAGAUAAAAAUAAAAAAGCAGAGCACCUUUUUAUACUUUACAUUUUUCUUAUGGAAUUCCACAUGGCGGAGCUUAAUUUUCCCAAAAGGACCUAGUUUUAGCAAAGUUUUUUUUUCCCCUGAGUUUGUCAUCUUGUCUAAUCUGUAACAAAUUACCUCCUAAUCCUUUAAUCUUAGAGCCAAAGUAUUAAAAAAAAUCUUAGUUUUCAGUUCACAGCAUUUAGUAGUCUUAAAAACACCACAGUAUCCACGGGCUGGAAUAACCAACAUUUUUCUUGUCUGGCUGUUGUAUGUGUUUUUAUUUUUGCUUUUUGAAGAUGAUCUGUCUGUCCGCACACUGAUUAUCAAACUGACAAAAGAACUCUGAAACAAUAAAAAACAACUUUAUUUCUAAACUACUUUGCAUCUAUUAAGAUGACAAACUGGACCCAUUAUUUUGUGUUUUUUGGAGGGGACACUUUCUCCGUUUUGACUGACUAACUUUAUCGUGGAUGGACUUUAUGUUUGGCUUCCGCCUGUUGCAUUUGGAUCUCAGUAACAAUCUACAGCAUCACAUGAAAUACAUCCAUGGGAUGUCAAUCUCUGGGAUUUACAACUGUUGAUUUACCAAUGGAAACCUACAAAACUAUCGCAAUACUCAACCUGGAGGGAUCCCUUGCACUGAUGCUACCAUACACACCACAAACAACUCCCAACAUACAAAAUGCAACACAAUCACAAUGCACAAACAGUUUCUCUCCCUCUCUGCAUGCAGUGCCACAUGGGCACAAAGGUCAGGGAACAUCAUGUAAUGCUGAAUGAUUUAAAAACACACUGUUCAACCUUUGGCACUGUCUUUGUAGCUACACUGGAUGUUUUUCUUCUCUGAAGACACAUGCACAACCAACCGAUUUUUUCUAGUUAAUAAUUAGUUUUUAUGGGGUCCUCUUUCUUAAGUCAUACAGCACAGAUCUUAAACUGUGAUCACACACCAGCUUCUUUUAAACUCUGCUUUCUGUUCUUCUUCACUAACAUGCUGUAUAGGCUGAUGUGCAUCGAUGACAAGGGGGCUGUCAGCCAGUUUCAGAGAGCCAGAAUAUGCCUGGAGGUGUUUUUUAAAUAGGCUGUGACCCAAAAAAAGACAAGAAAUUCAGACAGGGUUUGAGACAAGAAAAAGACUUUGAGUCAUACAAUUAACUGGAUCACCCUUUUUCUUUUGGCAGUGCACUGAUAAACACAGCUGUGUGUGAAUCUGAAUGUAGCUCCACAUUACUGCAGAUCAUCUGUCAGCAUAUAUUUGCCCGUGUUGGUCUGUUUCCUUUCUUUGUCCCUCUUUUGUGGGGGCAAGACAAACGGGGGAGUUUGCUGUUUUCUAAGCCCCCAUGCUUUGAAAAAUGAGGACAAAUUACUGAACAGUGUUGCAGCCUCGCAAAGCACCACUUGUUUUAAGAAUAAGUGGGUGUAGUGCAGUCUUAAAAGGCCUUUGUGAGUAAAUCAGAAGGACAAGUUACAGGGAGCACAGUGUUCCUUACCCUUCAGUUAGGCAGAGUGCUUUUCAAAGGGCAUGACAUUCGAUAUGAUGUAAGUUUUCUCUAAAGCUAACCACAAGAUGACACAUGAGGGUCAUUCAAGCCUAAGAUAGCUUCCCAUUUUAUUAAGAAUGUGAUGAGUGAGCCGCAACACUGCCCCAGGUUCAGAUACUGUUUAAGCCCCCUGACAGUGUAGUGAAGGACAGGGUACAGGGAAACCUGAUCCCAGGUCUGCCCUGUUUGUCUUAGCAGAUAGAAAGGGCAGGCUAAGGGAGACCUGGGGAGCAAAUUUGUUGGUAUUUUCUGUUUACACUGUGCUUUUUUUAGUUUAUUAUGCAAACAUUUUCACUCUCCUUUUCUUAUCGUGUGAAUUGAUGAGAGGGUGAUUAAAUGGUAAUAAUGGUGACACAAGGUAACUUUUUGGCUGAUAGAAAUCAGAAUCUUUAAAGUAUUUUCUUCAAACAAAAACUUUCCUUUUCAAACAGUGAGGACAUUAGCGGGUUGUUGACCUAACCAGCUGCUUAAAGAACUAUUAAAAGGGCAAGGAGUGGUUAUUUUGCAUUUGUUUCACAUGCUACAGAACCUGCUUGUCCACUUCAUCAAAGUACAGCCAGGCCAACAUAAGAGUUCAACCAUUUUAAAACUACCUAACUACCUACCAAAAUGCCACCUGGCUCAGUCCUUUGUUUCUGUUUCUUUUCUCCUCUCUUCUUUGCCAUGGGCCUUUAUUUUAUCAUCCGCUGCAAUGGAAAGCACAUUUAUUUUUCCUUUGUUUUAUGAUUGUCUGUUCACAGUGUGAAUUCUUUCCACUUUUCAUAUUUAAUGAAUAAAACUGUGUUUGCGCUGAUAGAUGAGCCCCCGACUCUUUGUAACCACAUUUACACAGGAUCCAUACACAACAUCAGCAGAGCCUGGAUGUACUUGUAUAAUUAGAGACAGAGCCCCUCUCUCCCUUUUUUCUGUUUUCCCCCUCAUCCCAGAGGCUCAAAUCCCCAAGGAGAAGGGAGUGGGAGAGGGUGCCAAACAGAGAUGCUUUUGUUGACAUGCAAUGUGUGGUAUUUUUGUUGUGGCUUUGCACUCUGAGAGAGGUCUGCUAGGCUUGGGAGUAAUAGGUUAUCAAUAUAUUUCAUUGAUUGGUCAGUCAAAUGCCUGAUGGACGUGUUAUUGCCUACUGUUGGUCUCUUGUGGGAAACAACAUGUGGAGACGGGAACGGAAAGCCAAUAUGACGACAAAGGCAGACAUCUGAUGCACGUGGAUGUGCAGCCUUUGUGUGAUUGUGUCCUGAAUAUAGAUGAAAAGGAGGUUCCCAUUGUUUUGAGGGAAACACAUGUUGCUACAAAAAGCUUAUAUGCUGUGUUGUGGGUGAGCUUGAAUAUCUUGUAGAUGGAGGAUUUGGUGCAGUGCGAAUCCCCUUUGUAAUGGUGCAGCAAACCCCCCUCCCUCUCUAUCCAGCUCUUUUUCUGCACACUGAGGUUUAUGUAAAAGCCUUACGUAAGACCAUAACACUCUCUCCUACCAGCCCACCAGAUCAAAGCUAGUGAUGCUUACAGGGAGGAUAGCGCGUGCUGGUGCAUGCACACGCAUGUGGUGGCUGAUCUCAUCAUUAAUCUGCCGCUGCUGUUCCGGCGGUGGACACUCAUCCUCAUUGUGAGCCAUGUUUGUGAGCGUGUGUGCAUGUUUGUUUCGCUGCAUAAUCUGGGAAGGGGGAUUUAGUUUGUGACGAACAAAAAAGUUCUUACACAAACCACUGGAGAGAAUAAGGGGGGAGUGUGAUAGAGAUGCCAACAGAGAGUCAAACAACAAGAUUCAUUGUGUGUGAGUCAGGACUCGUAUAAAAUCUGUGUUUUUAAGUGAAGCUUUUGGCUUGCUUAUAACUUUGAUGAACAGGUGGUACAAGAAGCAGUGAUGAGGAAAUGAUUUGCUGUAGCUUAAUUUCAUAUUAACACAGGCAGAGAGGAUUUAAUUAUGUCAGCAGACUAUCAACAAUGCUAGCAAGCUACAUCAACCACCAUUACAUUUUUGCUAACGAAAGCUAACAUUGGAUAUCAGCCACUGGAGUGGUUUGUAGCUUGUAAAUUUCCCUUUUUAAAGUGCUUGGAAAGUUUAAUUGUCUUACUUUAUCACAUCAGGGUAGUAAAUUUGAUGAGAACAUAUAGACGGGUUUCUUGUGCACAGACAAUACCGGGUGUGCGCAGAACAGGGGGCAAAAGCCUGGUUCGGAGUGAAUUGAUAUCAAUAAUGCCGUAUUGUUUACAUGUUCUCCCUGAUACAAUUGCAAUAUUAGGAUAUCAGGAUAUUAUAAUAUGUUUGUUUUAUCAAUUCAUGCAGUUUACAGCACAACAGCUCCUUGUCAUUUUCUUUCUCCAUUUACUCCGCUAGCCAACAAAUAAGAAAUGUCCCGUUUUCUGCCCCAAGGCUGCGCGCAUACGUGCAAUGAUGUUGCACAGAAACCCAUCUAUACAGUUUUCUAAACAGACUGAGUAAACUGUUUCUUUUUCUUAUCCCAAACUAAGCCGUUACCCCAUUACAAGACAUACCAUGCAGAUGCAUUUUGUUUUCAGAUGGCUAAUCGACACAGCUGGACUGGCUUACUUAAAUUGUAGCUAACAUAUUGACUGUAAAUGAACCCUAUGGUGAGUCGUAUUUUGCUCAAGAACUAAACAAUUGAAAUAAGAUGUAUCCACAUAUGCCAAAAAAUGCCUGUAAUUCAAUAUAGAAUAAAUAAUCAUGGAAAAACUCACUAAUAAUACAUUUUUAGUUUCAUUAGGAGAAGGGUAACAGCCGUACUCCUUUACAUGAUCAUAGUAGGUAGGGUUUCCUUGCACUUACAAACAUGUAUGUGUGUGUGCAUUUGUGAUGGAGCCGUCAGCACCAUUCAGAAGCUGUACCCCACAUUCUGCAUGGCAGCCUCUCCACAGUGGUUCCCAUAGUAACUCCACUAGGUCAGCCAAUGAAAAGAGGGGGCUGGGCAGGAAGGAGGAUGGGAGAGUGUUUUGGGGGGUUGGUGGUGGUGGUUCCUGACACACUGUGUGAGAUGACGUGAUUGGAGUUCGACUGGUUUGGUGAGACAUUUGAAUGAAUUAAAUCACAAACACACCAUCCUCGGGCCUAUAUAUGUUACUCACAGACAAAGUUUUUAAAGAUUGAAAUAAACCCGUAGAAAAAGAGUGUAGCGGUGGUAGUCUUUGUAUUCCCCAAACAGUGCUAUGACCUUUAGUGCACAUCUUUCAAGCACAUCUCUUUUGCAUUCAAAGUUUCUGUACCUUUGCUCUUAACAUCUACAACCUCCACCACCACGAUUUUUAAUCUCUGCGCAUCCCCCUCUGUUAGUCUUUUUGUGUCAUUUUCUACUCUGCAUCCUUUUUCUCGCUCUCUUUCAGUCGCGUGAUGCUGCAGUUCCUUCUGAGGCGAUGUUGUGUAACCCUGCCACCUGUCAAUAAUUUAUCAACAGAGAAGCUUCUCUGUGAAUGAGCACCAAUAAACACAGGAGCAUGCAGCACAAUGUGAUGCUAGGUGAGGCUUUAACUCCACUGAAGCCAAAUAUGUAAACCAAUGUUUAAAGAGUUUGCAAGACAAACAAUUAAUUAGUGCCAUAUUUUGACUUUGAGAAACCUGAAUUGAAUAUUUAAGAAAGUUGAAUUCCUUUAUUUUGUGUUCUUAUCCCCAUAAAAACUGAUGUAUGCAAGUGUAGAAACACUAUAUCUACCACUAUUAUAUUACAAUUUUAAUUGGAUCACAGAUAAACUGAUUGUAAUUUAAAGAUUUGUUUCAACAUAGCUGUCUACACUUUUGAAUGCUGAUCUAUCUAGAACCUCAGAAAUGGGGAAAACAUCUGGAUUUAACCAUGGUACUACACUCCAGCAUUAAAUUAGAAAGAUAAAACAAUCUUUUUAGGAAAUUAACUUUCUUUAGAGGGGGAAAUUUAGGGGAAUUCACCAUGUUGAAUCCAGUUUAUCAUUAACAUAGGUGGCCCUCCCGUGAAAACUGUGUCAUGUUGCCUCCUAUUUAAAAUGCACACAACACUAAAUUAUUCAUUAGGAAGUAGGUCAAGCUUAAGCAUACAUCACAGCAUGUAUGGCUGUGUUUGUGGGUGUGUGUAUCCUGAGCAGAGGGGUAUACAAUACUCUUUCCAAAGUGUUUUCUGCUUGACUGUGCUGUCAGGUCAUAUUUCUCUGGCCCCCGAGGACUGCAGCUGUACCUGCUACUAGAAAAGUGACUUGCAUGAAGCAGGAAGUGAAACUAUACUUUUGAGCAUAGCCUCUCAAGUGAUACAAUUUUCCAAUGUUUUCAGUCUAUUCAAAUAAUGAUGGUAUUUUUUUAUUUCAUUACAAGUAUUGAAUUCAAAUUCCUAUUUUAUUACAAGGCUGUGUUCAAUAUUAAAGCCCAAUUGAUCAGAGUUAUUAGUACCAAAAACAACACCGCUGACAACCUGAUCACACAUGUCAUAUCACAUCAACUUAUCUGAGGGGGUCCAGCUUAUUUCACCACUGUUUCCACUUUCCAUGAGCGAUCAAAAUCAAUUAGAAAACCAUAGAAAAACAUUUGAUUUUGUCCCAGGCUGGUCAUGAGGGUCAGGACAUAAUGACAGUUACCUGGCACUGAUUUGAGAGCAACAUGUCCUGCAAUCAAGGCAAUGGCAGCACAGCUCGGGAGAGCAUCUCUGAGUUGCUAAUUGCUAAAAAGAAACUAAAGUUUAGAGUUUAGAAACUAAACCCAAACUUUACUCAGCUCUAAAUCGACUUAACCUAAAAAAAAAAAAAUCUUAUGGUCCACUUUCCCCCAUGUUUGAAUUUUUGUACCGUGUCACCUUAAGAGUGCUGCUGUUAUGUCUGACCCUAAUCUCUUCUUCAGUUCUCUUCCAAUUUGGUUACUUAAAAUAUUCCCAGUCAAAAAUAACAGAAAAGCCUUGCAUGAUCCUUGCAGAAACUACAGCCCGCUAGAGAGCCAAACCGCAAAAGACAGCAGAGACAUUCCCAUGAAAAGCAAAAUUGUUUUAUUCAAUAUUACAAGCACAAUUUAACAGAAAUGUCAAACUUUAUAAAAGUUUGACAUUCAUUCAUAGCCUGCCUACUAACUGUAUUGGACAUACAUUUCAUCACAGUUCUUCUCAAUUGCUUAAAAUGAAUUUAAAUCAAUUUCACAGCUAAUUGAAUUUAUGUACAACCACCACCUUUAUGCUUAAAAUGUGCAAAACUGCAUUACAUCAACUCCACAAAAGUUUUAAAUCUUUCGAAGGAAAAAGGUUCUCCAAGCCAAGGUCCUUAAAACUUUAAGGACUGGUGUCACGAUGCAUUACCCUAAUAUAUAUUCUCACAAGAUUUCAUACAAACAAUUUUCAGCUUCAUUUAAAGGUUCCUCACUGUCAGACGCCACCCUCUGUGUCUGCUUAAUUCACAUUGAGCACCAUAAAUAACAGUAAAGUAAAGUCCCCCAAAAAAAGUUACCUUCAAAUUGCAGUGCAAAUGUCUUAAUACAAAAAAUAUGUAAAUAUGCAAGCUUGUAACUAUGGAGAUGAGACACAAAAUUAAAAAUCCUCUUAUUUCUUUAUUGGCCAAAACAAAUGUCUGACCCAUAACUGUAUAAAAUCAUAGACAGAACAACGGUUACCCAAAAUUAAACCCUUGAUGACUUUAUAAAACCCGCUGAACUCCACAAAAGAAGAUAACACAAGGCUCAGACUAGAAAACUCAGUGCAUCACACUUUUUCAUUAGUUCUAGUAUUUUAAUAGUGAGUAAAAAAUCAAGACAGCUGAUAAAAGUAGACUGAAAUCCUCUUCUUCAUAUAUGAUAAGUUUAUGGUCGAUGGGGCUCCCCAUCCACGGCCAACCUUGGAAUAAAGGAGCCAGUUAGUUACAGGAACAAGUAUGUAGAAGCUGAUAAAUUAAUAAAUCAAUUUGACUCUUAAAGAGUCACUGGGUCACUUUACACCUGCUCUUUCCCAUUUAGGAACAGCUGCAGGUCCAAUUAUCGAUUUAUUUGUUUUUUUUCUGCACACUCCUUCAUUUUUAACCACUAUUGGGCUCCCAAUUGUUCUCAAGGCUUGUAUAAUAUUGGUGUUUUUGUUCUUGCAUCUCUAUUACUCAGUGCUAAUCACAUCAUGCUGUUUUUACACAUGCUUCAUCUUUUCUGACACGUCAAACCGUUAAAAUUGCCAUGAUUGGUCAUGUGACCAUAUGUCCUCGUCACGACUGUGAAUGCCCGUUUGUGCUUGGCAAACAUGUUGUUUGCUCACAAUAAAGUCGGAGUUUAACCAUU